GCUUUGACUAUUGUUUUUCGACCGAAUUUUUACAAGCAGGAUAUGAAAAGACAAUUUGACGAUCAAGACAGAAUGUAUGGAAACAACAAAAGACAUCGUUCUGACGGAUAUAACGAAGCUUUAGCUGAGGGGAAGUAUGAAUUGCGUUUUUUGAUUCCGACAAAGUCUGCUGGAGCGAUCAUUGGCAAAGGUGGUGAAUCUAUCAAGGCGCUCCGUGCGAAGUACGAGGCCCACGUUCUUGUCCCUGACCGAAGCACACCCGAGCGUGUUUUGACAAUUGUUGUGGCUCAAGAAAAGGUGGAGGAAUGUUUUGCUGAAAUUCUUGAAAAGUUGUCGGAGGACCAAGGACGUGAUGAUAUUGAGAUUCGUAUGUUGGUUCAUCAGUCUCAUGCUGGAGCUAUUAUUGGCAAAGGAGGGUCAAAGAUCAAGGAAUUGCGUGAGCAAACUGGUGCACAGCUUAAAGUUUUUCAAGAAACUUGCCCUCUUUCUUCUGAUCGGACAAUGUUGAUUACACUGGACAGAGCUAAAAUGCCCAAUGCAAUUCGUGUCUUUAAUGAAUUUCUUAAAGAGAUACCAAUCAAAGGCCCAAUCAAAUCUUAUGAUCCAGCUAAUUUUGAUCCUCACCUCACUCAAGCUUAUGGAGGCUUUGCUGGCCCAAUGGGACGUGGAGGUGGAAUGCGUGGUGGAAGAGGUGGUGGUGGCGGAAGAGGAGGAGGUGGAGGAUAUAACGAUGGAGGAAUGGGCGGAGGUUAUGCAGGUUUUGGACCAGGUCCAGGUGGCCCUCCUCGCGGACCUCCUCCAAUGGGCAUGGGUGGUGGUUAUAUGCAAGAGCAAGUGACUACAACUCAGGUCACAAUUCCAAACGAAUUGGCAGGAACAAUUAUUGGAAAAGGAGGCGAUCGCAUCAAUCGUAUUCGUUCUGAAUCUGGAUCGCGCAUUGAAGUUGGAAAUACCUAUGGAAAUGAUGAGCGUAUAAUUACGAUAACUGGAACUCCUCAUCAAAUCCAAUCUGCGCAGUAUUUGCUUCAACAAAGUGUUCGCACCUCGGAAGCUGGACGUCGUUAUCUUCGUGAGCAAUGCUAA